AUGAAUGACUAUCUACCACAGUGGAUUGGAGGAGACCUUUAUGUCUUCGAAGGUCUCUUAAGCAUCAGCUUCUUGGGACCUGGGAAGGUUGACCUCACGCGAACCUUCACCUUCCGCAACUCGAAGCAGACAUACACAGGAAUUCCCAUUAUAGUGGCAAACAUGGACACUGUGGGGACAUUUGAAAUGGCUGUGGUUAUGGCAAAACAUGCCAUGUUCACUGCAAUUCACAAGCACUAUUCUCUGGAAGAGUGGAAACUGUUUGCUGCCAAUCACCCAGAAUGCCUUGAGCAUGUAGCAGCAAGCUCAGGUAGUGGAAAAGCUGAUUUGGACAAGUUAACAAGUAUUCUAGAGGCCAUUCCACAUGUCAGAUACAUUUGCCUGGAUGUGGCAAACGGCUAUUCAGAGCACUUUGUGGAGUUUGUGAAGUCUGUCCGUGCCCUGUUCCCACAUCACACCAUUAUGGCAGGCAAUGUGGUGACAGGAGAGAUGGUAGAAGAACUUAUUCUUUCCGGAGCAGAUAUUAUUAAAGUGGGUAUUGGACCAGGCUCUGUGUGUACCACUCGGAUUAAGACAGGAGUGGGCUAUCCACAGCUAAGUGCUGUUAUUGAGUGUGCAGACUCAGCACAUGGAUUGAAAGGACAUAUCAUCUCUGAUGGAGGAUGCAGCUGCCCGGGAGACGUCGCCAAAGCCUUUGGAGCUGGUGCUGAUUUUGUCAUGCUUGGAGGAAUGUUUGCAGGCCAUGACCAGUGUGCUGGAGAGAUUAUGGAAAAGAAUGGCAAGAAAGUGAAACUCUUUUAUGGAAUGAGCUCUGAUACAGCCAUGAAGAAGCAUGCAGGAGGGGUCGCUGAAUACAGGUCUUCAGAGGGCAGAACUGUAGAGGUGCCGUACCGAGGGGACGUGGAACUCACCAUCCUGGACAUCCUCGGGGGGCUGCGCUCCACCUGCACCUACGUGGGAGCUGCCAAACUCAAGGAACUGAGCAGGAGAACAACGUUUAUCCGGGUCACCCAGCAGCACAGCCAGGUCUUCUCGUAGCCCAGGACUGGGGGCCUGGGGAGAGAGGGGUGGGGGAGAGGGGCAGGAAGGUCUGCUGGUUUGUUUCGCUUUCUCCUCCACGCUGCGUUAGUGCAAUCUCUCCUCUCUCAGAGUGGCUGCGUCAUAGCCAU